GAUGGUUUGACCUCUCUUCAUUGUGCAUCUCGUGAAGGUCACACCGUCAUUGCAGAAAAUCUCAUCGGUUACACUUCCAACAUUGCUGCAAAAACCAAGGUAUGUCAUUUCAUGUGUUAGCCUUACUGGACUUCUAGGAAGAACAGUUUAGAACUGAUAGAGUCGUCUAGUAUAAAUAAAGUUAGUUUAGUUUAGUUUAGGUUUCCUCCUGUAGUAACACUGGAUCAAUAAGAGAUGAUCCUUACUGGACCUCUAGGAAGAACAGUUUAGAACUGAUAAAGAUAUCCAGUAUAAAUAAAGUUAGUUUAGUUUAGGUUUCCUCCUGUAGUAACACUGGAUCAAUAAGAGAUGAUCCUUACUGGACCUCUAGGGAGAACAGUUUAGGACUACUAGAGCUAUCCAGUAUAAAUAAAGUCCGUUUAGUCACAUCUAACUGUUUUUUUUUUUAUGUUCGUCGUUAGAAUGGACUAACUCCGCUACAUCUGGCUGUACAAGGCAACCAUUCAAAAACCAUCGCUUCUCUGAUUGACCAUGGCGCACCAUUGAAUGCUGUUGCUGUGGUAGGUGAUACAUAUAUAUAGUUUAUUGCUUCUGUAGUAAACAAACGCUGCUUUUAGUGUCACAGUGGUUAGUGACAUGUGCCUUACAUUUUCAUCUCUGACUGUUUAGAACUGAUAGAGUUAUCCAGUGUAAAUAAAGUUAGUUUAAUAUAGGUUUCUUCCUGUAGUAACACUGGAUUAGUAAGAGAUCAUUCUUACUGUCCAGACCUCUAUAUAGGAAGAACAGUUCAGAACUGCUCGACCUGUCCUCUACAGAUAAAGUUAGUUUAGUACUUUAGUGUAGGUUUCCUUAGAAUUUAGUGACACUAGACCAAUAAAUUGCUGGAUUUCCAGGAAGAAAAGUUUAAAGCUGAUUCACCUAAAAGACGUUUUAUAUAAAAAAAAAAAACACUUCUCUGCUGCGUGCAGUAUUUUCAUGCGACUUCUGAAAGUCGCUCCAAACAUUUUCUCUAACUUUUUUUGUCAAGGAUGGUCUAUGCCCGAUCCACAUCGCAGCCCACUACGGCAAUGUUGAAGCCACCGAAGUUUUACUAGCCAAAGGAGUCGACACCGAUUCCCGUGCCAGG